AUGGCUCCCGAGAAGCGCAAAGACGACGGCAGCUCUGAGCUUAGCGGCCCUGAGCCGAAGCGGCGCGCAACUGACGCGCAAGCUCCCGAGAAUCUUGGUAAUGGCGGCCUGGUAUACACCGCGCCUGAGAGCGCGGCGCGGCAUACCCUGUACCUCGACGCCGACAAGACACACGAGAUUACACCGCUGCUCUUUCCCAAGCCAUCCUACCAGGAUGUCAAGUUCGGAGAUUCUCCGGAUGACAUGGAGAAGUGGGAAAAGGUGAAGAGGAGCAAGCUUGGCAGCAAGAGCAGAAUCGUCGUCGGCCAUAGUCUCCCACUGAACGCGGGACACCCCAAUCUACUCCACAUACCAGGCUUUAAAAAGCCUCGCUGGUACCCGACCGAGGAUGACUCUUGGCACUUCAAAUACUGA